CGGCAGCGUAAUGGUAACGCCAUUUGUAGUGGUCUUCAGUCCCAAUUUUCAUAGUUAAUAAGAGGUCGAAGCUUACCCAUAUGGGAGGAGAUGAUUCUUCCUCAUGAACCCUGCUAGCUGUCUAACAGGCAUACAGAAAUAAAAUAAAUCAUCCCCCAUUAGCCAUCGAACCUUCGACCCCUUUUACUCCAAGUCAGGGCUGUUGACCACUACACCACAUGGGUCGAAAUUUAGCUUAUUUUAUUUCAGGCCUUUAGAGUAAACAAUUCUGGAGAAUUUAGUGUUUGUGCUAUAACAGAUAUGGCAAAAGUUGAUAUUUAUGCUGGCGAUUUGACAAAUUUGUCAUUAACUGGUUCAUCAACUACAACUCCUGUAACCCCAAGAAGGUCUAUCGAUGAAUUUUCUUCAGCUAUUUUGGAUAUAAGAGCAUUAUAUCCUUUUGUGAGCAGCUUAUCGCCAUAUAUUGCUAGGCUUGGAAUUAAAAUUGUAAAUGGAAAAGGAGCAAUAUUUUCGGCUACUGAACUUGAAUGUCAUUUAACACUUUAUAUUGCUGGUCAACAACAAGAUUAA